UCUUAUCUUUUUUUUUUCCUUUUCCUGUCACAUGGAACCUCCACGGGAAGAAAAAGAGGAACAGCGAGUCCGCCGAGUCAACUCGCUCCCCGAACCGGACUUGACUUCAACCAGCUCAAGCGUGUCCUCGAUUCUCAGCUGGGAGGAUUCUAGAAGCACGACGAGUUCGGGCGAUAUCUCCGGCACGAGCGGGAGUUCCGGUGAGAUUUUAACGGCGGAGGCUGUGAUUCCCCGGUUGCUCGAGCCUGCGCCCGCUUGUGGGGAGUUGGAUGUGACUGUAACGGCGACGGAGAAGUGCGUUGGGAGGAAUAAUAAGGGAGUAACGUGGGGGUUUACUUCGGUGAUUGGGAGACGGAGAGAGAUGGAAGACGCUAUCUCCGUUAUACCGGCGUUCAUGUCCCACAAGUGCGAUCACGUCGGAGGCUGUACGGCUCCCGGUUCUAAAACAUCCGCUGACAUCUCCCCUAUCCACUUUUUCGGCGUCUAUGAUGGCCACGGUGGUUCACAGGUGGCUAAAUUUUGUGCUGAGAGGAUGCAUGGAGUGAUAGCAGAGGAAUGGGGGCGUGAAGUGGUUGACAACUCUGGAUGGCAGAGGAGAUGGGAAGUGGCAUUUUCCUCUAGUUUUGAGAGAGCUGACAAUGAAGUCCACACCGCUGCUGUAGCACCUGAAAUGGUGGGAUCAACUGCUGUCGUUGCAGUUUUAUCUAGUUGCCAGAUAAUUACAUCUAAUUGUGGUGAUUCAAGGGCUGUGCUAUGCCGGGGAACUGAUACAAUUCCAUUAACUGUUGAUCAGAAGCCUGAUAGAGAGGACGAGCUCAUGAGAAUUGAAAGAGGAGGAGGGAGAGUCAUAAACUGGAAUGGUGCCAGGGUAUUUGGAGUUCUUGCAAUGUCCAGAGCUAUAGGUGAUCGGUAUUUAAGGCCAUGGAUAAUUCCAGUGCCAGAGAUUACCUUCAUGACCAGGAACAGUGAGGAUGAGUGUUUGAUAUUGGCCAGCGACGGGUUAUGGGAUGUGAUGAGCAAUCAAGAGGCAGGGGAGAUAGCUCGGUGCUUACUAAGACGGCGGCGCAGGUAUUUGAUGGCAGAUGGAGUUUCAGCGGCACAAGUGGUAGCUGAUAAUCUGACCGAAAUUGCAAUGGGACGAAACAGUUCAGAUAAUAUAUCAAUUAUCGUUGUGGAUUUAAAACCCAAAAGGAAACGCCAGCCAAGGCAGUGAAGAUUGAAGAAGGAGAAGAACCAUGUUUCCUUCAUCAAUUACCACCUAAUCCAAUCCCUUCUCUUCAACUAAAGUCGAUCAAUCCUCACUUUUAACAGGUUUGGUCAAGAAAUUGAGAAGCAGGGAUACAAAAUUUAUAUGAAGAAAAGAGCUACCUUAUUUGAGAAACAGGUGAUGGAUGCAUACAAUAUGACGUGUAUAUAUUAUUUAUUUAUUUGAAUUUUUAAUUUACUUUUUGUUUUAAAAUUCUAAUAUAUUUACUAAAUUUAAAAAUCUAGUAAAACUAGACAAUUUUAAAAUUUUAUGAUAAUUGAAAAAUUUAUUAUCUUAAA